CAAGGCUUCUAUCUACAUUACCAAUCAUAAUCUCCAUUAGCAAUCACUUGAGCCCAUUGUCCCACCACUUAAAAUCGUUGCGAUGAGGCAAUUAGUGACCGAUUUUGCAAAGCCAUGACGAACAAUUCCGCACUCCUGACCAACGGCGCGGAACUGGUCGGGUUUGGGUCUUGGCACUGCAUCCGCAAAGUGUUCGAGACAGCCAACUUGGAAGCCAUCAUGACGAUCAUAUUCUUUCAGCUGGUUGUAGCUGAUACCAAUGGGAUUGCAUGUGUAGUACUUCUUCGCAAGGCCAACCGUUAUCUGAGAAGAAUUAUCACACAGAACCGCCUGUGUGCACAGUGAUGCGAAAUUCAUUGCAUGACAGUGUAAUAGUCUUUAUGAUAUAGGUUAAGAGU